UAAAGAUCACAACAACAAKAAYUGCUGCAAUCACUGAAAAGUUUGGCAACGAGCGCAGAAAAUGACGAACCAAAGAAUAGAACUCGGUAUAACUCUAUUGUUGGCAACGAUAAUCGCGUGUUCGGCGUUUACAACGACACCAUUGCGCAGAACCACGACGUGCACACCGACCGUGGCGAGAUGGUUGAACAAACCCGAMGUCUUCCAGCAGCAGAGUGUCCGAGCUGGUCGGGCCUCUCCCUUCUUGGAGUCUAAUGGCAUGGMUUGCUACCAACGAUCUCUACCAGUGCUUUCAGAAUCGAUGGGGAGCGACGAUGUGUCGUCUGCGUCCUCUGAAGACGAGUCAUUGUCCUCCGCUGCCGCGGUUCCGGCUUGGAAACGGACUUUGAUGUUCUACAAGUACAACAAAGAUGGAAGCCUGAAGGUCGAAGAGGACGACGGUCUAACUUUCAAACAAAAACUAGCGAAGAUGGGUCUUUCGGCGCUAUUGAGUUACGGGUGAGUUUAGCAUUCAGCUGAAACAAAUUCGUGUUGUUUUCAACGCCGAUUGAGGAAUCAUGCAGGGGGAAUAUUAUCGACUGUGGGUUCAGGAAAAGGACCGACGUAUUGAAAAGCAGAAGUGASGAAUAUAUAUAAUCCAAUUGCUGUCGGAAAAUCCGCUGACGACAACAUCACGUAUAAUCUGAUCUGCUCUUCGUCGGAUGCACUAUACGAACAAGGCGUUUUGGAUGCUUGGUUUUGCUUUUGUCACAGUUUUUUUGGCAGUACGGACAAUGAGGAGUAACACGAAACGGCACGAUUUGUUUCCAUACAYGGGAAAUGCAGAUUAUUGCACCGGCUCACUAUGUUUUUUUACUUUGCCCGCGUGUACAGGUUUGUUUCCAAUAUAUCGUACUGCUUCACGGUUUCAUUAGCGUAAGUCAAUCAAAGUGGAUUUCAUUGUGAAAACUAAGUGAAAGUGAAGUGAUUCGGAUAGAACAAGAAAACAAAAGGGUUUCCCAUUCGAACCUUGAUGUUGUUUGAUUGGUUAUGAUCCACUUCAUACAAAUCAGUUCUWUGAACGAAAGCUGAAGGAAUKGCUUUGGAUUCACGCUAGUAUUCAAAAUGUCUGACAUCUACGUUUUUUCACAACCAGGUGGUUUGGCUUUUCGAAAAAGACUGGACUAAGUCCGCUGGCACCGGGACAAUGGAAGGGCUUUCUAGCUGUCUAUGCCGGCUUUUACGUGUUUAACAACUUCAUUCGGCCGAUGAGAUUAGCCGUGUCGAUCGGAGUCACACCCUACUUUGAUAAGGCAGUUGCUGCAAUCCAGCGAAAGACGAAGUUCAGCAAAAGCGUCUCUAUUGGAAUCGUCGUCUUUCUGGCCAACGUUUGUGGCACGACGAGUUUGAUGAGCCUCGGGAUUUACAUUGCCAGUUUGGCAGCUGGGGUGCCUAUCUUCGCGAAGUAGUACCAUAGCAUUGAAGUUUAGACUAGACGCAGCUAGACCUAGUAUUAAGCUUCUGUAUUUUUUCGACARUGUUUGAGGUAAAAGGACCAUGUCCAUAGCCCGCCUAUCCUUUCUGGUUUCUUCAACCACUACCGCUACUAAUGUUCUCAAGCUUUUUGAGUUUCGGACGUAUCCCGCAGCGUGAGAGAAAGUUACAGUACGGACUGCUGUUUUUUUAGUUCAGAGUACGGUACAGUAAAUCUUUUUCCUCCAAAAUUCCUCGCGAUUGGAAUCAAUCAGUGCAUUAAAA